GCGGCGCCACCCACUGCGGGGACCGCGGUGCGCUCCGUGCCCUAAUCUGCACGGCGGCGGGGGAGGUGGCGGCGGAGCCCUAAGACGGUCACCGGCGCACGGCGAGAUGUUUUUGGGCAAUGACGACAAAGAUGCCAUCAGUACCAUUCUACAAAGAGAGCAUCUUGUUGCCAUCGUCAAAAUGCCUGAGUCCGAAGUUUACGAUGAGAGCAUGCCUUCGAGGCAGCACUCUCCGAUGCAAAAAGAAGUGUUCUCCGAGUCUUCAUUGCUUUUGUAAUCAGGCCCCUGCAGUCAGCAACAAUUUUAGGCGGGCCAGAUGGGCUUUGAAGAGUAUGGCAGACAGCAGCAAAUCAGAAGCAUCAGAAAACGCAGAAAGCAGCGCGAACAGUGGCACUCGCUUGGUCGGAGCAAUUCAGUCUUUCCAAACCAAAUUAAAGAGGAGGAUUGAGGUGUUGAGGAGGGGCUUAUCUGUUAAAAUCCUCUUCUUCUUGGUUGGCUUCUACUGCGCGACAGCAUUUGCCACCGUUAUAGGCCAAACUGGUGAUUGGGACAUUCUCUCCGCUGGGCUCGCGGUGGUCGUGGUCGAAGGGAUCGGCGCGCUUAUGUAUAGGGGUUCUCUCCCAUUCAUUGACAAAAUUAGGAGCUUCAUUACUCUGUUUAAUUACUGGAAGGCUGGGCUUUCCCUAGGAUUAUUUCUGGAUGCAUUUAAAUACGAAGCGGAUUUGAUUUUUGAAUCAUGUAAACCUUUUGAUUUCGAAAUUCAUAUAUUUCCCGAAUUUUGGUAAGCUUUUUCUCCCUCUGGCUGAAAUUCGAGCAACACAGUGAGAACUUGAUGGUGGUUGUAUGUGUGAAGUUAAUUUUUUUGCAGUAGCUUAACAUAUGCUAAUAAAAGGUGGAGAAGUCCAUGUCAGGGAGAACUUGAUGGGCAAAACUAGUUUUCCAUAA